UUCACGCAGCGGUGGCGGCGGUUCUCCUUCAGUAUGAGUCACUGCGCGCGCCGGCCGGAAAGUAGCAAAACUGUCGUUUGGCCUUUAACGGUUAACAGCUAUUAUUAAUAUUUAACAAUCAGUUUGAGAGGAAACAGCAACAAAUUAAACGCACUAGCCCGACAAGACUGAGAUGUUACAGUUUAGGUUCUCCUCAGUGCUGAAGGAGUUGUUUUACACGGGUUUCCCGCGUUCGCUGGGUUCUGUCAGAAAUUCGAGGUCGUGCCCGGGGGUCGCGAGAGGACUUGGUGUGAGGUGCGCGCGCAGGGCCCUGUGCACCAAGAGCGAACCGAUUCAGGCGGAUCAUGUCGCCGGAGAGAAGGAGAGCCGCGCGGACAAGAGAAGGAAAGCAGGCGUGCUACCCAGCCUGGAAGACCUGCUCUUUUACACCAUUGCUGAGGGCCAGGAGAAAAUACCAGCACAUAAGUUUGUCACGGCUCUCAAGGCCACUGGCCUGCGGACCGGGGACCCACGUCUGAAAGAAUGUAUGGAGAUGCUGAAGGUCACCCUCAAGUCCACCUCAGAUGGAGUAAUGCUGGACAGACAUCUCUUCAAAAAGUGUGUGCAGAGCAAUAUUGUGCUGCUGACGCAGGCGUUCCGAAAGAAGUUUGUCAUCCCAGAUUUCCAGUCUUUUGCCUCACACGUCGACGAGCUGUAUGAGAGUGCAAAGAAGCUGUCUGGGGGGCAGGUAGCCGACUACAUUCCUCAGCUGGCCAAGUUCAGUCCUGAUCUGUGGGGGGUGGCACUCUGCACUGUGGACGGACAGAGACACACAGUGGGUGACACCAAGGUGCCCUUCUGCCUGCAGUCGUGCGUGAAGCCGUUAAAGUACGCCGUUGCUGUGCACGAUCACGGCACUGAGUACGUUCACCGCUUCAUUGGAAAGGAGCCCAGCGGUCUGCGCUUCAAUAAGCUCUUCCUCAACGAGGAUGACAAGCCCCAUAACCCUAUGGUAAAUGCAGGAGCUAUUGUGUGCACCUCCCUCAUUAAGCAAGGAGCCAGUAAUGCAGAGAAGUUUGAUUAUGUCAUGAACUUCCUGAACAAGAUGGCAGGAAAUGAGUAUGUGGGCUUCAGUAAUGCUACAUUCCAGUCGGAGCGAGAGUCCGGAGACCGCAACUUUGCCAUCGGAUACUACCUGAAGGAGAAGAAGUGUUUCCCUGAGGGUACUGACAUGACGUCCAUCCUGGACUUCUACUUCCAGCUAUGCUCAAUCGAGGUGACAUGUGAGAGUGCCAGCGUCAUGGCCGCCACCCUGGCCAAUGGUGGAUUCUGCCCCAUCACAGGGGAACGUGUGCUCAGCCCCGAGGCCGUGCGCAACACGCUGAGUCUCAUGCACUCGUGCGGCAUGUACGACUUCUCUGGCCAGUUCGCCUUCCACGUGGGGCUGCCAGCCAAGUCGGGUGUGUCCGGAGGCAUCUUGCUGGUGGUGCCUAAUGUCAUGGGCGUCAUGUGUUGGUCUCCUCCACUGGACAAGCUGGGCAACAGUGUGCGGGGCAUCCAGUUUUGUACGGAUCUCGUGUCCCUCUUCAACUUCCAUAACUACGACAACCUGAGGCACUUUGCGAAGAAGCUGGACCCCCGUAGAGAGGGCGGCGACCAGCGGGUGAAGUCUGUCAUCAACCUGCUGUUUGCCGCUUACACAGGGGACGUGUCUGCGUUGAGGAGGUUCGCCUUGUCUUCUAUGGACAUGGAGCAGAGGGACUACGACUCGAGAACAGCUCUGCAUGUGGCCGCUGCUGAGGGACACACUGAGGUUGUUCGCUUCCUGCUGGAGGCCUGCAAGGUGAACCCAGUACCCAGGGACAGGUGGGGCAACACACCGAUGGAUGAGGCGGUGCACUUUGGCCACCACGAUGUUGUGACCAUCCUUCAGGACUAUCACAACAAGUACAGCCCUGCGGAGAGCACGACGGACAAGGAGACGGCCGAGAAGAACCUGGACGGCCUGCUGUAGAGCUCUGGGGGGUGAUGGGGAGCUCAUUGCCAUCGCCCUCCUCUCUUCUCAAAGCUGGACAGAAAGAUGCUCUUAGGAUGUUCAUGUGCUGCAUUCGGUGGGAAAAAAGUUAUCUUUCAGGAUGAAGACUUCAGAACUUUGUCCUUGUUGCCCAGUGACAGUAAUUUAUUCCCCCCCCCCCAAAGCUGUAGAGAACCAGCUGUGUAAGUAACACAGUUUUCUAUGUGUAAGAGUGUAUAAAAUUGUUAUAUGCUUAUGCAUACAAAUGUAAAUUUUAGAUUAAUUUCUUGUGUUCCUUUAAGUCAAGCCGUGUUGAUUCCCUGUGGUUUUGAUGUAAUGGAGUUGUCGUGUGUGUGUGUGUGUGUGUGUGUGGAUCACGGGGUGACUCCAGUGUACUUUAGGGCUGGUUUUUCUAACGCAGCCAGACACUCCACCGGAGGAGGCCGUCUUACUUUCGUCAGGUGAUUCUGAACCAAAGCGGGUCCACUCUUUACCCAGAGUGUUGCGUUUUACCAGAGAGGUGACACUAAUGUGAAGGACCUCGAACAUGUUGCUCCCACACUAAAUUGACACGGAUCCCAUGCGCGUGCUGUUGGAACAUGAUUUUUCUCUCCGUGUUUCUGUUCACAGCUGCUUCGGCAGAGCUUUGCACAGCUGUUCUGCAUAUGCUAUUUGAACGGCCAGUUCAAUCGGAUUCUUUAUUUUUCCUUGUGGUCUCAGUUCUCUUACGGUGGAAUAGCACAAAAGUCAGGACAAAUAGCACUAGCAAUAAAAAAGAUGAACCCUGCAGUUUGGGACAGAUGCUGCUGUUGUGUGACUGGUGCGUUCAGGGUAUCGAUACUGUCAAACGUAGCAACUUCACGUCCGUGCGGGGAUACAGGUGAGUUUUACAGCAUUACCAGCGAGUACCAGUAUUACUGCCUACUCACUGUUUGUAUUCAAAUAUUUUUUGCUCGUGAUCUCGGGCAUUUUUUGUUUCCCUCCAGUCCACCCCACGAAAAGCAGGCACAAAGUGAGUAGGUGCAACAUUCGGUUGAAAAGGGUUUUUCUGUAAAUCUGAGCGAGCUUCAGGUCACCACUGGCUCAGAUAGUGUAGCAAUACUGGAGGACAGCAGGUCUAAUCCCUUGGAAAAUGGCAGCCAAGGGCCAGUUUGGCCACAUGGAUCAAGGAGAAGUGUACACGAGUUUCUCUGUGGGUGUGUGUCACGUAAACAGCCCUCCUGCUGUCCAUUCCAUCCAUGUUCAAUGGUGUGUUCAACAGGUAGCAGUUGCUCAGACAUACAGUGUUGUGUGUUUGUUCUGCCAGCUGUGUGUUGGGCUUAUUCUGGGGCUGUUGACUG